UAUUGACAUUUGACAGAAUUAUUUCUGACGUGUAUUUUUAUUUUCCAUAAAUUCGAUAUUAAAAAACCGUUCAGAUUGUUUAUAAAUUUUUGUAUUUCUAUUAAGAAUGGUAUACAUAAGCGGCGAUGGCAGAGUAUGUCAGAGUCCUCCUUGGAGUAUGGAUAGAGUAGUCAAAAUAUUUUAUGGAAUAAUACAAUUCAUUAUACUUUUUUUCCAAACCUUGGUCAGCUUUGAUUCCGGUGAUUCCAAACCAAAUAGCUCCAGAGGAUCUGGAUCUGGAAGUUUCUUUAGAGGCAGUGGCGGCGGUGGUGGAGGUGGAGGAGGCGGUGGUCGUCCACAUGGACUUGGAGGUGGUGGCGGUGGCCCCAGAUUUAGGACGAUGAGUGACAUAAAUCCGCCCACGGUAAGAGGUGUUGGAGGAUGUCCGGGAGGAUCAUGUGGGAUGUGAUUGUUAAAACUUCAUAAAAAUAUAUUUAAAAUAAAAAGCAAUUAAAUAUUAAUUAUAAAAACAUAGCACUUAAUAGAUUUUUUUGUUUAUUUGUGGUAUUCAUAUUUGUGAUUUAUAAGAUAAAAAUGUUAAAUAAAGUGAUAGUAAUGUAA